AUGGUGGAUGGUGGAGUGCUGGAUGCUGGGUGCUGGAUGCUGGAUGCUGGGGAUGCUGCUGAGUGGUGGAUGGUGGAUGGUGGAGUGCUGGGGCUGGUGGUGGAUGGUGGUGGGGAGCUGGUGGUGGAUGGUGGAGUGCUGGGUGCUGGGUGCUGGAUGCUGGGGGGAGCAGGUGGUGGAUGGUGGAUGGUGGAUGGUGGGUGCUGGGGUGCUGGGGCUGGGGAGCUGGAUGCUGGGGAGCUGGUGGUGGAUGAGUGGAUGGUGGGUGCUGGGUGCUGGGUGCUGAGGGGCUGGUGGUGGAUGGUGGAUGUGCUGGGAGGAGCUGGUGGUGGUGGAUGGUGGGGGCUGGUGGUGGAUGGUGGAGUGCUGGAGUGCUGGGUGCUGGAUGCUGGGGGCUACAGGGGCUGA